AUGAAGACCAUCAUUGCUCUAUUAGCUCUAGUAGCAGCUGCGGUGGCAUUCCCCGCUGACACCUACAACCCAGAAUAUGAUAACUUCAAUGCGCAAGAGUUGGUGGAUAAUAUUCGGCUCCUGAGAAACUAUGGCAAAUGCUUCUUAGGCCAGGGUCCCUGUACUGCUGAGGGAAACGAUUUUAAAAAGGUCAUACCUGAAGCUUUACGAACCACCUGCGCAAAAUGCACACCAAAACAGCGCGAACUGAUCCGCACUGUGGUCAAAGGAUUCCAAACGAAGUUGCCUGAAAUCUGGGAGGAGCUCAUCAAGAAGGAGGAUCCCAAGAACGAAUAUACCGAGGCCUUCAACAAAUUCCUCGCUGCCUCCAACUAA